GACGCUCACACCAUACACUUCCCUGGGGGUAGGAUCGCAUGUCCUAUCUGCGGAUACAUCCUCCCCCCUCCUGACCACUCUGGCCCAGUCCGUCCUCAGCCUUUGCCUGCCCUACCUAUCCCGCGAUCAACGAAGUGUAGUCGGUUCAUUCCUGCCGCUUCCCAGCCGUACAAGAGGGUAGCUCCAUGACUUCCGCCAUCGAGCCCGACACUCGUGGGCGAAAGCGAAGGGCCGAGACCGACGACGGCAACGACUCGGAUGACUCUGUCAUCAAUCUUCACAAAAGUCCCCGAUACAAACAAGGCAACGCCAAAGCACCCAUCGACAUUGACUCUGAUGACAGUGAUGACAGUAUCAUCUUUGUACCCCACCCAGUCAAGCCCACAGCAGCCGGCCGCGCGAGAGGGUCGCCGCUUACGAACAAUUCGAGCAGUCACGUUGGCCGAGUCAUUCCACACUCUUCUCCGCCGGCGCCCCUUCCUGGCCCUUCCUGCUCUGUAGCUCCCCUCUUUGCUGUUCGCCCUCUCUACGAUGCGCCUCAACCGGAGGUUUCAGACACGCCCGUCAAAAAACGCAAGGCCGAUGCUGUUGAAUUUCCCGCUCCCGACGAGCCGGCCGUUGCUGGUCCCUCAAACCAUGCAGCACCUGUAGCUGUGCAUGCUCAGGGUCCUCUUUUCUUUCCGCCAUCCAGUCCGCACGAACGGCUUCCAGAUGAGGAAGCUGCUCAGCUACCCCCACUGCCCCCUUCAGCAUCCCCAUCACCCCCUCCUCCGGCUGAUGCCGUGCCUCCGCCUCACACGCCGUCUUCGAAACCUGCAUUAUCAAACAAUGUUCCUCCUAACCCCCUUGACCCAAAUAGUAUCCUGAUUCAAGUCCUCGAAAUCCUCCCCGAUAUCGAUCCUGAAUACGCCCUCAAGGAUAUAAAUACAAUUCUUGCCACUGGCCGUGCAAACGGACUGGCAGAAAUCGUGGUCGACAGAGCUUUGGAAGUGCAGGGUGGAUACCCCACGGUCAAGAUUGAUAAAGGCAAAGGCCGGUCAGCACCUGAAGAAAGCAUUGAACAGUACAAGCUCCCGGACCAUCGUGCCGAGGAAAGAAAGGGGUAUCAAUAUCAAGAUCGAUGCUUGCGCGAGCUCGAAAUCAAGUUCUCUUCAAUACCAGUCGGGUAUAUCCGGCAACGUUUUCAAGAGGCAAACUCACUUCUUGUCCCGGCAUACUACGUCUUGCUUGAGAAAAGUAGACUGCGACCAUUACCAUACAACGCCCUCUUGCGGCCUCGUAAAGCCAAGGCUGCAGUUAGAUACUCGGUUGCAGAUGACGACGUCGGGAAGGUGGCGUUUGAAAGAGAGCUCGCCUGGCUGGAAGCUACGAUAGGCGAAACACAGCGAGAACAAGACGAACAAGAUGCGAGACAAAGACUGAUCGAUGCGGCGGUUGCCAAGGGAGAAGGGAUAGAAUGCGGCUGCUGUUUUGGAGACGACAUACCAGAAAAUAUGUUUCAGUGCGAAAAUGGCCAUCUUUUCUGCAAAGACUGUACUAUCCGAAAUGCAGAAACGAAGCUGGGCGAUCAAUCGACUACAAUCACUUGCAUGGACACCUCCGAUUGCAAAUGUCCAUUCCCCGAGAGCGAACUCAGACGGUCACUUUCCAACAAGUCUCUCAGCUUGUAUCAUCGUUUGAAACAGUCCAAGGAAUUGGAGCUUGCGGCCAUUGAAGGUCUCGAAAGCUGUCCCAGUUGCGACUUUUCCGCCAUCAUUGACAACCCUCACGAAAAGCUGUUCAGGUGCAUUAACGAAAGCUGUGGACAUGUGACUUGCAGGAAAUGCCGACGACCGGAGCAUAUACCCAAAACAUGUGAAGAAAUGGACGCCGAGAGCAAGUUGGACCGAAGACAUGCCGUGGAGGAUGCCAUGUCUGCAGCUCUCAUCAGAAAUUGUCCCAGGUGUACGAAGCCGUUUAUCAAAGAAUCUGGUUGUAAUAAGAUCGUGUGCUCCAACUGCAGAACAAUCUCAUGCUACAUAUGUCGGCAAAUCAUCAAAGGUUAUGAGCAUUUUGAUCGAAACCCGGCCAACUAUGCCGCGCCAAUCGCAACCGCCAGAUGCGCACUGUGGGAUAAGGACGCAAAUCCGGAUGAGGCUGCGAUUCUAGCUGCUCGAGACGUCGCCACUGCGGAAGCCCGUGCUGCGGCAGCUCGUGACGGUAUCAACCUAGAAGACAAAGACCUCCAUGUUGCCCUUCCCGAUAGGGCUCCUCAAGCGGGCCAUCCGUAUGCCCAUCCCGCUGGAGCGCCUGUACGCCUUCCUGGACGUAUGUAACAUUUUAUCUGCUCGGCUCAGAAAACAUCAACCGAUCAAAGUCUAACAUUUACCAUCCACCUUUGUCAGAGCCCAUGCCCCGUCCGCUUCCUCUACCUAAUAUGCAAGCGCCCCAUGGACCACUCAAUCUUCAAGGACCAGGUCACGAUCAAGCUCUCCUAGCUCGCGAUGAGCAUCUUCGCAACCAAGCCGCUUUUCAAUUAUUACGCCAGCAACGCUUCGGACUUCCCGCGCCCUUUCGCCCAGAACUCCCUAUCCCUCAAAAUGUCAUGCCUGCCAUGCUGCCUCGUCCGCCUAUGAUGGCACCGCAGCCUCAUCCCGUAGCUGCCCAUCUGGAUCCCAUGGUUCAAGAAAUGAACAGGCUACGCGCUUUGCGCCAGGCCCGCGGUGACGGAGGUAAGCCGGGUCAUGCCUUGCUGUCAUUCUGUAUUGAUAUUUGACUCGAGCCCUGCCAUGGUGGGGUAUGGCUCCUCUCGCCCCCGCCCCCCCACAGCAUGUCCGACCACAACCGAGAAGCCGGUAUUGAUUGAUUUUAUGAUAAUGUGUAUUUGACAGACUGGCCGUUAUCCUUCCCGGCUUUUGACAGUGUCUAUACCACGAGUAAUUGUAAAACCACAUACAUGCUGUGUGAUUGUACAGUGACAUGUCCAAAUUGUCGACAAUUGAUACUAUGUUUCCGCACUCGUUCCUGCCGGCUUUCCGUCACACUUGGAUCGAUUAGGCCCAAAACGUUCUAUCGUAUCUGAUGGAUCAACGGAUACGAUGAUCCAUAAGAGCCAUAUAUACUGCAGACAGCCGAUUCAUUUCGAGUUCUGCAUAUCAUCUCACUGUCAUCCUUCAGGCCGCUCUUUCGUAUAUUUCACCGCCACUUGUCAGCUUUAAGUACCCAAAAUACCAAUAACUGAUACGCCAAACAUCAAGCAUGCCAAUUUGGAUGCCCUAUCCCGAUUCCGCACUUGACCUGGAUGACUUUGCAGACGAGAACAUGUAUAGGGCACAGCUCACCCCCUAUGCCACUAAGGAGAGACGAAGCUUUUGGUUGGUCCCCGAGGAGUAUGUUUCUCUCUCUACUAUGACUUCCUGCUAUCAAGAAUUCUGGUAAGGCAAACUUGGCAGGGUGCUGAUCUUAUCACCAUAGUGAGCCUCUCCGCAACCGAGCUAUAGACCAUCCCCGAAAUAUCCUGGACUACUAUAUCCAGUGCUGGAUCAUCUAUUUCCUCGGGAUUCCAUUUGACAUGGACUGCGACCUGGACGAGUAUUAGUGAUCUGCAUCAUGAGCAAGACUCAA